AUGCUACCAUGGUUUCUACCAAAGGGUAGUCUACAUAUAGCGGAGUGGUAUGAAAAUAUUACUACGCCUGAUUUUCGAAUUAAGCCUACACCUAGUGGUUAUACGGACGAUGAAAUAGCUCUCCAAUGGCUUUUCUCUUUCCACGAAGCUACAAUUUCUCGGGUGCAAAAGGGGAGGCCUCGGCUUCUUUUAAUGGAUAAUCAUAGAUCCCAUACAACUAUCGAAUUCACCCAAUUUUAUACCGCCGAAAAUAUUAUCCCAGCAUAUUUCUUACCCUAUACAACAUAUAUCUGUCAACCGCUCGAUGGUGAAGCUUUCCAAUGCUUAAAGCAUUACUUUCGUACGACAAAUAACGAGGUUGUUAUGCAUAUUCGACGAAGUAUGCAAGCAAAUACCUUUUUAUCCCAACAGCUUGAUCUAGUGAAGGAGAGUCUCAAGACCUCUCAAUUCCACAAAUCAGCUGUAAAUCAGCCAAAAAAUGGGAAAUCGCUUCUUAGGACUAGGGGCUCGGCUCUAUCUCCUAUAUGCGCAAAUAGGAUGAUGGUAAAAAGGCAGGAUGCUGAGGCUAAGAAGUUGAUUCGUCUACAAGCAAGGCAGGCCAAGGCCUUAGAAGCUCAAUCGCAGGCCCAAUUAGCUAGAGAUUUAGCUGAAGCUGAGCAUGAAGCUUCAAUGGCAGCAAGAGAUAGUAGUGGUGGAAAUUGGUAUAUAGAUACUACUGGGGGUUACCUGUAA